UUUUGCUUCAUGGACAAUUUUGAUUCUUUUCCCAAAAAGAAAUAAAUUGUCGGAAUAAGAAAAAGUGAAAAACCCUAACAAAACCUCUCUCCAUUGUGGUGGGGUUAUCCUAGCUUCGUGUAAGCAACAAUGGCAUCGAUGGAGGUGGAUUUGGGUAUGCUCCCCUUCGACCUUGAUUUUCAUCCGUCAGAUCAUCUUGUCGCCACUGGUCUUAUUAGCGGUGAACUUUUUUUGCAUCGUUACACAGCGGAUUCUCAAGUACAAAGGAAUUAUAGGCUGUUCACAGUUAGCGCGCAUACUGAAUCCUGUAGAGCGGUCAGGUUUGUCAAUGAUGGACGCGCAAUCCUAACGGGAUCUCCAGAUUGUUCUAUACUUGCUACUGACGUUGAAACUGGAUCAGAAAUUGCUCGUGUGGAGAAUUCUCAUGGUGCUGCUGUUAAUCGAAUCGUCAAUUUAACCGAGUCAACCAUUGCCUCCGGAGAUGACGAGGGUUGUGUAAAGGUGUGGGAUACGCGACAACAUUCAUGCUGUAGUACUUUUCACAUUCACGAGGAGUACAUCUCAGAUAUUACUUUUGCAUCGGAUUCCAUGAAAUUACUUGUCACAAGUGGUGAUGGGACUCUCUCUGUUUGCAAUAUACGAAGUAGUAAGGUUCAAACUCGGUCAGAGUUUUCAGAAGAUGAGCUGCUUUCUGUUGUGGUUAUGAAGAACGGUAGAAAAGUUAUAUGUGGGACUCAGGGAGGAAUUCUAUUACUGUACUCGUGGGGCUUCUUUAAGGAUUGCAGUGAUCGAUUUGUCGAUUUGUCCCCAAACUCAGUGGAUACACUAUUGAAACUUGAUGAAGACAGAGUAAUCGCUGGAUGUGAGAAUGGGCUUAUUAGUUUGGUGGGCAUAUUACCAAACAGAGUAAUUCAACCAAUUGCUGAACAUUCAGAAUAUCCUGUUGAGGGUCUUGCUUUCUCAUAUGACAAGAAGUAUCUUGGGAGCAUCUCACAUGAUCAGACAUUAAAGCUGUGGGAUUUGGAUGAGAUAUUAACAAGUGCUGGAGAUGCCUCAACAAGCCAAGCAGCUGAAGCUGAUAGUGACAGCGAUGACGGGAUGGACGUUGAUGACAGUAUUACGAAAACUUCUAAAGCAACAAAGAAGAAGACUGCUAGUAAAGGGAAAAGCGUGAGCAGUUCAAGUAACUUUUUUGCAGAUUUAUAAGUCACGGUAUAUCCGUAUUUCAGUGCCAAAAGGUAGCACAUGAUGCAUCACAUAAUGCAACAAUCAAUGUGGUGGUGGGCUUCAAAUUUCAAUGCCAUUUGCUUGUUGUAGUAUUUCCGGAACCUUAUUUAUAAGUGGCACGAUUUUCCAAAUUGUGUGACCAUCACUAACAAAUAGUACUGUGAGUACCUCAGUGGUAUUCAACACAAAUAUAUAGUACGGUAGUACCUUCAUCUUAUAAGUCUCUCCUGUCUCCAAUGCCUGUUUUAUUUGUUAGCAUUCAUUUGACAGAAACAAUAUGCUUUGAAAAGAAAAACAUUCACUGUCCUAUUUUGUAUUUGAACUAACUUUCGAU